ACAAUAGCAUUGUUUUUAAUUUAAGAUGAUACUUUCAGAGGAGAGAAGAGAGCAAAAAAGAGGGCUCUGUAGUCCAAUGAUGGGAUGAUUAAAAAAUACUUUUGCCAAAGCCUAUGUGGAAUAUGUGACCAACAGAUGAUCAAGCCAUGCGCAGAACGAGUAGGGAUACCUCCUACAUCCAUCUCUGCGGGAGAGGACUAUUACGCCCUGCUGUUGAUGGAGGGAGUGUUCUUUCUGAGAUUGAAGUUUUGCAAUCAAUCUACCUAGAUGAGUUGAAAGUUUCCCAGAAAGACAACGGAGGGUGGGAGGUGAGUUUGGUCCUCUACCCUUCCACUGCAGAGGAUGCUGUCUCUCAGUUUGUCCGCCUGACGCUUACCCUCACUCUCACGCCUCAGUACCCUCAUAUUGCUCCAGUUAUAAGCAUACACAACCCUCGAGGACUGUCAGAUGACAAGCUGCUCAGUGUGCAGAAAUGUCUGCAGACGGAGGCAGAAUCCUGCCCAGGUGCACCAGUACUGUACCAGGUCAUUGAGAAAGCCAAAGAGAUCCUGACGGAGAGUAAUAUUCCCCAUGGGAAUUGUGUCAUCUGUCUUUAUGGAUUUACGGAUGGAGAGGCGUUCGCAAAGACCUCCUGCUAUCACUACUUCCACUCCCACUGCUUGGGCCGUUACGUCAGCCACUCCGAGAUGGAGCUGAGGGAGAGGGAGAAGGAGAUCGAGGAAGACAAGAGUCGGGGCAGGAUGGAUGGGGAGGAGCUGGCAGUGGUAUGCCCUGUGUGCCGUGAGCCUCUAGCCUGUGACGUAGAUACCCUUUUGUCGGCUCCUGCGCCAGCAUCUCCUGAGAUAGCAAAAGAGGUUGUAGCAGUAGAGUUUCGGAAGAAAUGGGUAAAACUUCAGAGGAUUUUGGAACGUCAGCGUCGGAGGGGUGGGAUCAUUGACCCAGAGGUGGAGUCCAACAGAUUCCUGAUUCAUAUUAAUGAGGGCCCCUCUGAGCCCAGCGACGCUGCCAGCAGCACCUCUGAUCUCCCCCCCAGCCCACUGGAGACCCAACCAUCCAUCCUUCAGCACAGCUUCCCUCAGGCCCCGCAGGUUCCAAGCCACUGGAAGGGGAGGGGCAACUCUGGCAGGAGAGGGCGGGGUCAUUACACAGGAGGCAGGAGGGGAAGAGGUGGUCGGGUGCAUGCUGGGAUACCUGAAGCCAUGCAAGAUUUCACUAAGCUCUCCCUUGCUUCUGAGAGGAGUAACAGUGUGGGGGGUGAUGCAGUAGCUUUGAAUGGAACAUGUGUGGAUACAGGUACUUGUGGCGACUCAAGGGAACAGGAAGUGAAAACAGUUGAAGUGGCCGAGUUUGUUGCUCUUAAAAGUCAGGAAUCUACUGAGGCAGGGAAGUCUGAAGCAGUUCUUACCAGAGACCAAGCACUACACCUGACUGAGUCCACCGCAGACGAUGUCAAGGCCCACAGGCAGACAUCGUCCCCGGAAAGGCUACAUGGCCGUGGUCAUUGGCAGCAAGGCAGGAGGAGAGGCCCACAUCAUGAGGGGCAACAGGGUGGCCAAUGGCAAGAUAGAAAUUUCCGAGAGGUGGAACAAAGAGACCCCUCAAGAGGCACGUAUCAUCACAGAGGAUAUAGAGGGAGAGGAAGGGGAGGUGGCAGUCAUCAGAACCGGGGUGGCGGGCCUUACCGGGGCGGCGGGCCUUACCGGGGCACCCCACGUGAUCCUCACCAGCGGAGAAUGGAGAGCGGACCUGAGACGCCUGUACUCUGACAAAGGCCAAGGGGAGGAAUACACACAGAGAAACAUGUUCCUCCCUGCUUGCAUUUCAUCAGGCUUGCAUCCAAUAAAAUUGCACAUGAAUUAU